CUUAAACCGGUGCCAACUAUAGUAAUUAGCACUGGUUUGAACCGGUGCCAUUUAAAAAAAAAAACCGGUUUAAGACGCGUCUUCUUCUUCAAUUCAUUUCCUUGCUCUUUCCUCUUCGUUCUCAUCUAAUCUGCCUCUCUCUCUCCUCCGUUGUAGCGUACUCGAAUUUCUCCAUUGAAGGGGCUUCUGAGCUUUCCUAGCACUCCGUCUCUCUCCUUCGAUCUCCUUCUCCAUAACCGUCACUUUCCCUUUCCUUUCUUCUCUCUUUCGAUCUCCUUCUCCUUCUCCUUCUCUCUUUCUACAAUAUUGGAGGUUAGGGUUUCUGGGUGUGUCUACUUGAAUCAAUCCGAUGUGCGUGCGUCUUCAACAACAAGAAAUUCGAAUCAAUUUCGAACCAAAAAUCAGAAAUUCGAGCUCUAGAAAUGAAGUAUUGGGGUGGAAGAAGAAAAGGAGGUGUUUGUUUGGCUUCUUCAUCACAGAAUUCAAGUAAUGAUGUUGCACGAAAAAGGUCCUGCCCUUUUGGUUGAUGUACCAAGGGAUAGCAACAUAACUGGUACCCCUCCUAAAAUUCUGUUUGGUCACCUUCUCGUUUUGUGCCUUUAAAAGUGUGCAAGGUUAACUUAAGAGUUUUCAUUUCUCUGAUGAGCUGGCUACUUGGCAUUAGAAAAAUUUAGGGGAAAAAAAGUUAUUAGAAUAAUGGUUUCACUUGUAUCCCUAAAGUGUUGUCACUGAAUAAUAGACUAACAACACCAUAUAUACCUAUUUUUUUUUUCAUAGCGGAUGUAAUGAAGUCACUACACAUUAUGAUUUUUGAUAUGGGAGUUGUAAUAUUACACCCUAAUAAGCGUAGGCGGUUUGUUCAGGUUGUUUGAAAAUAAUGUGAAGAUAAAGUAUGGAUUUUGAUCUAAAAUAAGGCUAGUCAUAAUGGCCUACAACAUAAUACAAGUAUUAAAGCAAGACAGCAACGGGUAGGAAGCUUUGAUUCUCGCUCAUUGAUCAUCACUCACUAAGAGCUUUAUUUUGAAAUUAUAGCACUCUUCUAGCAAACACAAGCCUAGAAAACACAAGCCUCAUUCUAGCUUAUUACAAACUCUUUCCCUUGUCAAAUUAUUGCCCGUAAGCUCAUCAACAACUCUCUUCCCUACCCUAACCCUUUCCUUUUUGCCUUUUUCGCCUAGUGGACCAACCUUAACAGUGGCUGAAAGUACAAGACGAGCAAUAGUCGAUGUGCAAGAUCCAAGUACCAACUAAGUGUACCCGUUUUGUCUAUUGUGUGUUGCUGCAGGCUGUGUUCUACUGUGAUGCUGAGCUAGUCAGUGUGCGGGGGUUGUUUGACUGUUCCUGUGCCUGCUCAGAGCUUCUGUUUUUUCUGUCCCUGCUGGUUUGCUAUGGUUUGUCUUAUAACUUGAAACUAUCUUAUAAUAUUUCUUACUAUUGUUCAUCUGGCUUUAGGUUAGAGAAUCGCCUCUCAAAGCAUAAUAAGUUUCUGCAUCAUAUGCGAUUUGAACUUAAGGAUCUAGUGCCACCCAUGAUCAUUUCUGGAAAUCAGUUUAUAAUGAUCAGUCAACACCAAGUAGCUGCAAGGGAAUACUUGGAAGCGCAUAAACAAAUGCCAAAUUCCCCGCUGACCAAUCUGUGUGUCGGGACUGCCUUAAUCAAUUUAGCCCUUGGACAUAGACUUCAAAACAAGCAUCAGUGUGUUGCACAAGGCUUAGCUUUCCUUUACAACAAUCUGCGACUUUAUGAAAAUAGCCAGGAAGCCUUAUAUAAUAUAGCUCGUGCAUUCCACCACGCAGGACUUCUCACAUUUCAGGAAGUCUUUUUGGGCUGCUGUUUUUUGUUUUGUUCUCCGUAAUUUUGGCUUUGUGUUAGGUGUUGUCCCGGUCCCUGUUUUAAGUGUAAUGCAAGAAAGGUCGAUCAAAGAUAAUUAUUUAAUUUUUUUUGGACAAAAAUUGUAAUAUUACAGGCUUUAUAGCCU